CUAUGCGGGUAUGACCCAGUCAAUUCUUGCGGAGACACCUGUGUGAGCAACUGCAAUGCCACAGCGGAGUGUGGAAAAUGGGCCGCUACCAAAGGAGCAGAGUGUCCCUUGAAUGUAUGCUGCUCGCAAUUUGGAUUCUGUGGAACAACAAGCGACUUCUGCGAUGAUAAGUGUCAGAAUAAUUGCUUCAAUGCCAACGAGCCCUCUUGUUCAUCCAACGAUGUCUUGAAGCGGGUCAUCGGCUACUACGAGAGCUGGUCUUCCAGUCGCACCUGUGACUCUUGGAGACCUGGCGACCUGCCAGCUAGUAGUCUCACCCAUGUCAACUACGCCUUUGCACUUUUCCAACCAUGGGGUGGGGACUGGGAGGUCUAUCUCCCUGAUGAUCAAACUAACGAUUUGACCGCCCUAGUCCAGGAGUUUGUCGACUUGAAACUGGAUAACCCUUCCCUGAAAUGCUACCUGUCAGUUGGUGGUUGGUCGUUCAAUGAUGGAGACAGCGCCAAGUACUGGUCGACAAUGUCUUCCACGGCCGCAGGCCGUAAGUCCUUUGCAAAGAGUCUUUAUAACACUCUCUUGAAGUACGGAUUUGAUGGUGCGGAUCUUGACUGGGAAUACCCUGUUGCCUCAGAGCGGGGCGGUUCCGCAGAUGACAAGGAAAACUACGCCUUGUUGAUCAAGGAGAUCCGUACCGUGUUCGACGCCAGCGGUAGCAGUUUUGGCCUGACAUUCACUAUUCCGUCAAGCUACUGGUAUCUUCGUCACUUUGAUGUUGCCAAGUAUCUUGAGAAUGGCGCUGACUGGGCAAACAUGAUGACCUAUGAUUUGCACGGUGUAUGGGAUGGUACUGACCCUUAUAUUGGGAAAAUUGUCGGCGCUCAUACAAAUCUCACUGAGAUCGCUGAGGGCAUGGACCUGCUUUGGAGAAACAAUAUCGACCCAUCCAAGGUGGUUCUUGGAAUUGGUUUCUACGGUCGUUCAUUUGAGCUGGACGUUGAUACGUGCACCGACCCUGGCUGUCCUUUUGUGGGAGGAGGCGAAAACGGAACUUGCACGCAGACUUCAGGUAUAUUAUCCUACAAAGAAAUCAUGGGAAUUAUCGAAUCGGUCGAUGCGGAUCCCAUCUGGAAUGAAGAGGCCGCAGUAAUGUACGUUACCUGGAACGAAAUUCAGUGGGUCUCAUACGACAACGGCCACACCUUCCAACAAAAGAUAUCUUGGGCCAACGAUCAUUGUCUUGGCGGUAUCAUGAUAUGGGCGCUUGAUCAAGAUACAUAUGAUUGGCAGGCGAUGAGUGCCUUACUCAACAAGACCGUAGACGGCUCGGCACUUUUGGAAGGAGGCUCAGAAAGUUCCGAUGAUGCUACAGCACUCACCCACGCAUAUAAUGCUUAUACAGGCGCGGAUUGCUACAUAACUGGUUGUCAAGACUACAACAAGGGCCAGUGCAAAUCAGGCUACAGUGUGCUCGACUAUGUCCACAAGGGCUCUUAUGGUGUGAUCACAGAUCCUGACGAUCACCUUUGUACCACCGGAACAACGACGGAGUAUGAAGACACCGAUGCCCAGUAUAGACUUAUUUGUUGUCCAACAGAUGCUAUGCCGAGCUGUACUUGGGCUGGAGGUGCAACGGACGGUCUCUGCACUGGAGGAACUGACGGCAUAUGUGGAGAUGACUUUGAGCUCGUGAGAGAUCACUAUGUUGAUCGCACUGGAUCCACAGCCUGUACGCUGAACUCAAGAUCAUUGUGUUGCUCUUCAUCCACAACACUGGGGGAUAAGUGCAGUUGGACGGACUGCAAGCAGGGGUGUAGCAAUGACCAAUAUGCCUUCACAAAUGAGUCGUACUACGCGGGACCGAAUUUGAAUGAAAACAGUGAGAUGUGCGACUUCGAAGUGUCCACCUUCUGCUGUCCUUCGAAGGACACUCUCAAGAAUUGUGAUUGGUAUGGAUGCAACGAUUCAUGCCCAAGUGACAAGGUUUUGAUCACGCAGCGCUCAAAUCUGGUAAUAAGAGCAUUAAGCUCAGAGGAGGACUUUGAUUGCGAUAGUGGCAUGCAGAAGCUCUGUUGUGACCCUCCAGCAGCCACUUCGGACGCCCCAGUCGAUCCCAAAGACUUGUUUGAAUACCCCGAUGAAAACAAUUUCAGUUACUACUACAACCCCGAAGCCACAGCCAAUGAUGAGGCUGGAAAUGACGCGGAGGAAGAUCCAUUUGCCUUCGUUAUGAUUGAUGGUGACACAGACGCCUACGAUGAGUCUCUUGUCGAUCAAUGGACAUUCCUUGACGAUGACGACUCAACAAUUCUCAAGCGAAAUGUACGCAAGCGCAACAUCUUUGAAGCCCGCAGUGAUACAUUUGAUAAUGAGGUUGAGAAAUACCGCAUCAAAUGCUCCUCAUUGCUCCAGGAUAGCUCCGGAUGCCAAACCAUUUUUUCCGGUGGUGCUUCUAAUACGAUUGUGAAGAUGCCAUUGUAUCGUGGAGCUGGACCUUAUGCAAGAGUCAUUAGCCUUGUUCCAGAAGGCUCGACUACGGGACUCAACUCAAGAUCCUCAGACGAUGUGUAUGAGCUCACGGUCGAUUAUGACCUUGCUGCAGCGAGCGAGGAAGAAAAGGGAGACGUUAACUUCCGGAUCGACUAUACUAACCUCCUCGAAUACUGGGACGAUGUGACCGAUAAGUCUCCAGACAAGCGCAAGAGGUGGUUUGGGUCAUUCAGUGCUUGGCUUAAGAAGGUGACCACUAUCGUAAAAGAGGACUCUGGUACCCUGCCCCUUGAGUAUGAGCAAUCUCACAAACUUUUGCAUUGGGAAAAUAACUGCGGUGGGGUCGACAAGACCCUGGAUCUGGAUGCAUACUUUCAUUUGGGUCUGGAUGCGCAAUAUGCAUACUAUUUUGAAGGUGCUAUCCUGCCAACCCCGAAACUGAUUGCUGCAUAUGGAUACUUCUCAGUCGAGCCCGAGGCCGAAGUUCUGCUGACCCUUCGGGGAGAAGCAUCAUUCCAGAGCACUUCUGGGGAGAUAGAGAUUAUCAGUGGGAUCACUUUCCCCGGAAUGUCCAUCAAGGGUCUGAUCAGUAUUGGACCAGCUCUAGAUCUGACUGGGUCCAUGGAUACUUCGUUGACUGUUUCUGGUGAGCUCAAUGCUGGCGUUGUGGUCAGUUGGCCAAAGGCAGAGGUCUAUUUCCCUCAGGACUCAGAUGGAGAAGCCGCUAGCAUCACUCCUGGAAAACUUUCCGACACUGAUGGCGAUGAUGAGCCUGAUACUUUCUCUGUUACACCUCGGCUAGAUGCUUCCGUUUCCGCGAGCGGAACAUUAGCUCUAGGCCUGACACCCAAAGUGAAAUUCGGUAUCUCUGUCCUAGGUGGCAACCUUAUGGACGGCUAUGUGACAGCAGGCGUGUCAAAUACUGUCAGCCUUGGUGUCAGUGCCACAGCAUCCACAGGAUUGCAAGGGUCAGCCGCAGAGUUCUGCUACUGGGCCGAUUACAUUUAUUCUCUGUUUCUUCAAGCAGAUGUCUCGUUUGUUGACGGAUUGGCUUAUUGGGGUAGCAAGUACGAUGUUGCUUCACCCACCGAUCCUAUCACGCUGAUAGACAAAACAUGUAUCUCCUACUCGUCGGACGAUGACACCGUCAGCAAGCGAAGCGAUACAUCUGAUAGGCUGGUGAAAGAAAUUGACAGUGAUAAGGGCCUUUUCGAUGCCUACUUCAGAUGCUGCAACAAUGAGACAGAUGUGUUGAAGGGCUAUUGCGAUUCGACCCCAGAUUCCACAAAGCGAGCCAGCACAACAUGUCAUGAGCCCCCUGCCUUGUUUUAUAACUGCGCAUUUUUCCUGGAUACUAAGAUCGGUAACGAGAACGAAGAAACGAACAAAAAAACACCCUCGGUGAGCUUCAUUGGCAUUUGCAAGAACAUCAAGAAUUAUUUGCAGGCGCAUAGCAUGGAUGCAAACACGGGAGCAAAUUGGAAGCUACUCACAUAUAUCAACGGAGGUCAAUCAGCGAACCGAGGCGAUGCUUGUGGCCAAAAGACAAAGGAAUGCUCCGAUGAGAAAAUGAGCAUGUGGCCACAGGCUGUCCAAAAGGCUGCAAAGACAAGUUACAAAGCAGCACAGGCUAUGGACGGCUAUGUCGAAAGUAUCUCUUGUGACGAGUUCCCAUUUAACGCCUGUGAAGAAGGAGGUACUGGAGCGGAAGUUGCAUGUGUACCCGAUGCCCAGCAGGGGUAUCAGGCUAGUAUCAAUGGCCUCCUUUCGCGGAUCUAUGAUAAUAUUGAGAAGAAGUCUUGGAAAGACAUUGACACAUCCGGCACCAACAAUCACCGGAAAUACACCUUCUCGCUGAUGAAUUACUGGACGGACCGCAAUUCCAUACCUCCAUAUGGUGGCUCGCUGGAUAGCAGCGCAUCGAAGAAUCCGAGCCAAAAUUCCGGAACAGGUCUCCUUUUUGUUCUUGGGGGAGUUAAUUUGAAUGGCAAUCCGAAUCUCCAGUGGGGCCCGAAAUCGUCAGGAUCGCAGAACAAUGCCUUCUGUGCUUACGCGGGCAAAAAGUCAUCGAAGGGCUCAGCCCCUAUAUCGAAUCAGCCUGAUGCCAUGGGAGUAUACAAGUACGUCCAAGCUAAGAAUAAGAAGACCAUCUAUCUCCAGACAACGGCGUGUAGGGUCACCUUCACUGCAGCCCAGACCAUCGCACAAAGAGGACUUGAUCCCCGCAAUGCCGAUAACUGGGAAAUUCAAAGUGUAACAAUUGAUGAAGAUGGUGAAGACCUCGGUGGUUACUAUUACGAUGCCGAGAAGAUCAAACAACAUGAUGACUCCUGGGAGGAAGUAGAGGACAAAAAAGGCUCUUACAGCAUCCGCCGUCUUCGUCAUCUCCAACAGCAUCAACAUGGUCGCCAUGCAAACUAA